AUGGCUUUAGCUCGAGCAGGCAUAGAGUUCAGCCCACACUCAUACAUGAGGUUACAAGAUUGGCGGCGUCCCGGGGAGGCACGAAAUGCGGCGCUGCUGCUGUUGGCGGGGAGCGGACUAACUAGGGCUGCAGGUGUCCGGCCAGCAAUCGGGCAGCUGGGAGUCAGCCCGAAGGUCGGUGGCACCGGCCCGCGCCGGCCUCCAGACUCCCUCUGCCGGCCCCCGCCCCGCGCGCCCACGCCUCCCGCUCCCGGACUUCGAGGGCCCUCCGCCCCAUUUCACCGGCGUUGGCCCAGGGUCGGGGAGGGGCCUAAUCCCGGUGGCCUCCAGAGGCGGCGGGCAGGCGGGGCCCCAUUGGGGGACGUCUUUAUAAGCGUCGCUGCCCCUCUCCCCGCCUUCCCCCGCUCCGGGCUCGGGAUGGCGCUGGGCUUAGGGGUCGUCUCCCUCCUCCUCCUCUUCCUCUUGCUGCUCGUCCUCCUCCUGGGGUUCCGCGGCCGCCGCUUCCCUCGUCUUCCCCCGGGGCCGCUGCCUCUGCCGCUGCUGGGGAAUCUGGGCCAGCUGUGGCCGGGGGCGCUGUACCCUGGGCUGCUCCAGCUCAAUGCCCAGUAUGGCCCUGUGUUCACUGUCUACCUGGGCUCCCGGCCUGUAGUCAUCCUAAGUGGUUACGAGGCUGUCAAAGAGGCACUGGUGGACCAGGCAGAGGCAUUCUCCGGGAGAGGGAAAGUAGCCACGUUGGAGAAGACCUUCAAUCAACAUGGUAUUUUUUUUGCCAAUGGAGAACAGUGGAAAUAUCUUCGGAAGUUCACCACCCUAUCUCUAAGAAAUCUGGGCAUGGGAAAGAAGGAAGGAGAAGAGCAAAUUCAAGAGGAGGCCUGCUACCUGGUCAAAGCUUUACGGGAUACCCAAGGGUCCCUGUUGGACCCUUCCCUGCUACUGUCUCAGGCCGCCUCCAAUGUCACCUGCAUUCUCCUGUUCGGGAAUCGCUUUGACUAUGAGGAUGAGAAGUUCCGAGCUGUGGCCCUCGCUGCUGCUGGCACCCUGAAGGAGAUUAGCACCUCGUGGGGACAGCUCUGUGAGAUGUUCUUGGGUCCCCUGUACUACCUGUCGGACAUUCUUCGAUAUCUCUCAGCUCCCCAUAGCCGGCUCACAGACCACCUGAGCACCCUGGCAACCUUUGUCUCAAGCCAGAUCCAGCAGCACCAGGAGAAGCUGGAACCUCAGACCCCUGUCAGAGACUUUGUGGAUGACUUCCUGCUCAAAAUGGGUCAGGAAGAAAAUGCCUCAGGGUCUGGCCACACGGAUUUCCUGCUGACCACUGUGAACCUACUCUUUGGGGGGACGGCAACAGUCAGUGCCACUCUCAAAUAUGCUUUCCUGCUCCUGCUUAAAUACCCAGAGGUCCAAGAUCGAAUCCAGGAGGAGCUGAGCCGAGAACUCGGGCAUGAACGGGCCCCCAGCCUGGCAGACCGUGGGCGUCUCCCCUACACUGAUGCCUUCUUGCAUGAGGUUCAGAGGUUCCUGGCCCUCCUCCCCAUGGGGGUGCCUCGUGCCCUCACAAAGCCCAUCUCUUUCCGGGGCUAUGACCUGCCCCAGGGCAUUGAAGUCUUCCCACUCCUGGGCUCAGUUCUCCAUGACCCAGAAUUCUUUGAGCGGCCAGAGGAAUUUGACCCAAGCCGUUUCCUGGAUGCUGAUGGCCGAUUCAAGAAAAACGAGGCCUUCCUGCCUUUCUCCUUAGGAAAGCGAAUCUGCCUUGGGGAAGGCCUGGCCCGAACUGAACUCUUCCUCUUCUUCACCACCAUCCUCCAGAAUUUCUCCCUAGAGAGUCCAUCCCCACCGGAGGCUUUGAACCUCCGGCCAGCCAUCAGUGGUUUCGCCAACAUUCCUCCAACCUUCCAGCUUCAAUUCAGGCCCCGCUGACUGACUGGGGGAGAGGGCAGCAGGAGACCCCAACCUCCGGGGCUGAUGAACUGGUGCCCCAGUUGGAAUGGACCCAAGGGGUUCAGAGGCAGGCUUCCAAAGACUCCCAGAAAACAAAGACUUAAGAAUAGAUUCAUACAUUCCAGAGACUCACUCUCAACAUGCACCCCUAGCUUUGCUCAUGAAUACAGACAGACCAGGAUCCUGUAUUUAUUCAAUUCAGCACACCCUUUAUUAGCCAUCUCCUACAUGUAAGAUAUUCUUGCCAUAGAAAGGGCCAAUUUGGAGUUGAAGAUCCGAGUUCAAAUCCUGCCUAUCCUACCUCUGUGAUCAUGGGCCAGGCAUUACCCCUUUCUGGGUGGUAUCUUCUCACUCUAAGCCCAUAAUCCACAACAACCCUCAAGCCAGUGCUUCUUCCUCACAUGCCCUAGGACACAGUGUAGAUACACCCUAGCUGUCUCUUGGGACCUUGGAGUGAGUAGGAAGGGACAGCAGGAGCCACCUAGUCCAACCAACCCUUACUUGAGCCAGAGUUCUGACUACCACAUACUUGACAGGUUUAUCUAGUAUCAGAUUGCCCUGACCUCCAGGACAGGGAAACCCACUCUGUCCCCAGGCAUCCCAUUCCACUUGAGGACACCUCUGAUGGUUA